AUGUCUGUCCCAAAGACCAUGAAGCAAUGGAUUGUCAAAGACACAAAGAACGGCUUCGAUGAGCUGGAGCUACAGAACGGCGUAGAGGUACCCCAAGUCGGCGAAUAUGAUGUUCUGGUGAAGAUCCAGGCGGUGUCGUUAAACUACAGGGACCUGAUAAUUCCCAAGGGAAUGUAUCCUUUUCCAGCAGCCGUUCCCGUUGUGCCAUGCUCGGAUGGUGUAGGCAAGGUCGUCAAGAUUGGGGCCAAAGUCUCAGAAUUCUCUGAAGGCGACAGUGUUGCAACCCUGUUCAGUCAGAAGCAUCAGGCAGGCCCAAUCAAACCUGCUGCAAUGGCCUCAGGCCUCGGUGGUGCACUUCACGGCACUCUUCGCGAGUAUGCUGCCUUUCCUGAGUCUGGGCUCGUCCGCGCUCCGUCCAACAUUUCCGUCAAUGAAGCUGCGACCCUAUCGUGCGCCCCUUUGACUGCUUACAACGCCUUGUUCGGCCUCGAGUCCAAGCAUGUCAAGGCUGGAGAUUGGGUCCUGACCCAGGGUACUGGUGGUGUGUCGCUCUCUGCCAUUCAGUUUGCGCGUGCGGCAGGCGCCAGCGUCAUCGCCACCAGCUCGUCUGACGAGAAACUCGAGUUCUUGAAGAAGGCUGGGGCCACACACGUCAUCAACUACAAGAAGGAUACGAAUUGGGGCGAAACUGCCAAGAACCUGACCACGGGAAAGCUUGGUGUCGACCACGUCGUUGAGGUCGGCGGACCUGGCACCAUGAAACAAUCGAUGCUCGCCGUCAAGCCUGAGGGUGUCAUUACAGUCAUCGGCUUCUUGGGCGGUGUGCAGGCAGAGAACACACCAACGACCCUGGAUACUCUGACCCACCUUUGCACUGUUCGAGGUAUCCUAGUGGGGUCGAGACAACAGUUCGAGGAUAUGGUUCGCGCAAUUGAGACCGCAGGUAUUCAUCCGGUGGUCGACAAGAACGUAUUCUCGUUCGAGAAAGCCGUGGAUGCAUACAAUUACCAAUGGGAUCAGAAGCACCUAGGCAAGGUCGUCAUUGAGGUUGGCGCAUAA